UAAAUCAUCUGUAUUUGUUUUCCGUUUAUCAAUCAAUUUAUUGUCAAAAUGAAUUAUUCUGAACAAUGUAUUAGUUCCGUCCGUCAUAACAAUCUCUUUAGCAGAGAUGACUCUUCAGAAGAAACUGGAAAAGUAGCUCAAAAAACCGAAAGUUGUACACAAACAAGGAUGUUUCGAAAGAGAAGGGGUACAUUAGUAAGCCCAAAAAAUCACAUACCAAGCGGAAUGAUUCAAAAAUAUACAAGCAAAAAUAAAAAAUUAGCUCCAUCCGAACGACCAAGAAGAAGAAGAAUACUGUUAAUGGAUUGGAAUAGAUUCCAUAAACUCGAUGUUAUAUAUUCGUUUAUGGAUGAAUUGGAAAAGGAUUUUCCAGCUAUCUGUACCGUUUAUGUUAUCGGUAAAUCUGUAGAAGGUAGAGAUAUCAAGAUGCUAAAGAUAUCGAACAGCAACGCAAGCAAUGUUGCAGUGUGGUUAGACGGAUCCAUACAUUCACGAGAGUGGAUUACAACAGCUGUUGUGACCUAUCUUGCCGAUAUUAUUGUCAGAAACUUUCAGAACACUUCCUCUUCUAUUACUAAUAAAGAUUGGUAUAUAGUUCCAGUGUUGAACCCAGACGGCUACGUGUACACACACACACGAGACCGUAUGUGGAGAAAGAAUCGAGCGCGACACGAUAGCGAGUUUGUUGGAGUUGAUCUCAACAGAAAUUUUAGUUUUGGCUGGGGAAACAAUGGGGAAGAAGGUUCCUCUGAAAUGCCAAAUAAUGUGUUUUAUAGAGGACCUGAGCCUUUCUCGGAACCCGAAACAGCAGCUGUCAGGGAUACCAUAUUGAGUUCGUCAACACCUUUCAAAGUGUUCCUAUCGUUUCAUAGCUACUAUGAGCUGAUCAUAUUCCCGUGGGGCUACAAAACCGAGCCCUGUGCAGACUACCUACGUUUACUAGAAGGUGGCGCGAUUAUGGCAAGGGCAAUAUUUGAAUACAGUGGAAUCAUAUACAAAGUGGGCAGUACAAAAGAUUUAACAUACUACGCCUGUGGUACCAGCAUAGAUUGGAGUUACGCCAUCGCGAAAAUUCCAUACACCUACAUGAUUGAAUUAAGAAGUAAGAAAUACAAGUUCAGGUUACCGAAAGACCAAAUCCUGGACACGUGUAAUGAAAACUGGAAGGCAGUGCAGGCUUUAAUGAAAUUUGUCGAUCAACAGUCACGCAUUUAAAAAGUAGAAAUUUAUAAUUGCUUUUAGUUAUGACAUAAAUUUGUACAAUUCAUCAAAAACAAGAAAAUAAGUAAAUUCGUUUCAUGACAAUCGAUUCGCAUCAUGAAUCGCAAUUAUAAUUAA